CUUUUGGGAGGGUUGCUUGUUCAAAGGAAGCUGCAACACCAUAGUGCUGUCAUUGGAGUGAAAGGAAGGCCCUCCGUACUCGAACAGCACUAGUGAUCUCACCGAGUCUUUCAUGAUCACGCACUACUGGCUUGGUGGUAUCAUAUCAUCAAUUUUUUUUUGUUUUUUUUUGUUUUACACAAAGAAACAUGUAUCGAACUUUUCCUAUUGCUGCUAUUCAUUAUUUUUUCCUCUUUGGGUCGAUCGUGGUAGAGCUUUUCUCCUCCUUUCUGCCAUCCAUUUCCCCACAAUGAUCCAUCUUCCAAGAGUCUCGAAAGAAUUCUUGGCGUGCAGCCCAGCUUCCUUCCCUUCCCUUUGCUUUGCUUUCUCUAUGUCGCCUUUCACCAUUUUUAGGGUGCACCAAAUUUGGGCUGGAUUCAUCAUAGCAGUAUAUAAUGGGGUUGUCGGUGGAGUCAGAUGGCAGGGGCAAAAGCCUUGGCUUGUCUGCAUUUGCGCUGCCUCUCUGACCUUCUCCGCAGCGUGCUGUAGCUCCGAUGGCUUCUUCCACGUUCAGCAGAUGGUUGAGGCCAGAUGUGUACCCACUCUUUGCGGCAGUUGGUGUUGCUGUUGGCAUCUGUGGCGUGCAACUGGUGCGAAACAUCUCCACCAACCCCCAAGUUAGGGUUAACAAACAAAACAGAGCUGCAGGUGUGCUCGAGAAUUUUGGUGAGGGGGAGAAGUAUGCAGAACAUAGCCUGCGGAAAUUUGUCAGGAACAAAGCCCCUGAAAUCAUGCCUGCUGUGAACAAGUUCUUUUCAGAUCCAAAAUGAAGGGUUAUGCUGGAUUGAUCUCCAUUUUUUGUACAACUCUGUAUCACUCUAUGUUGUUUCCAAGAAUUGUUUAUGUUGUUAUGGUAAAUAUACCGACAAAUGGAGUUAUCUUUUGUCCCUACAUCUAUUUAAUGAAGUUCUAUUCUUGUAGUA